GGCAAUGAGGCAAAACUGGAAGGCAACGCUUGCCCUUUUAAAGUGGAACCAUUGUUAAUGUCACCUUCGCAUGAGAUUUUUGUGAGUAAAGAGGGAGGUUCGAGCUGCAGAAAACGAAGCAGAGCAAUAAAGGAAGAUGGCGAAAGAGGAACGAUUGAGAAAAGUAAAGAUAGGAGAAUGAGGGACAGAAUGAAUCAGAAAUACAAUGAGCUUCAAUCUAUGCUUCCUAAAACGUCCCUCUUCAAGGCAAGUCGAGAGAAGAUUGUUAGUGAAACAAUUGAACAUAUAAAAGCUCUUAAAGAAGAGUUACAAAGAUUGGAGGAGCAGAAGAAUUCAUCAACAUCAAUGGUUGCAAAAGGGAAACUGUCUACAUGUUCCAGCAACAAUUCCUCCAUUAAUGUCACUGUCUCUGGGGACAUUGUGUUCUUCGGAAUUCAAUCCUUGGCUCGACAAAGGUUAGUGACUGAUGUUUUCAUCAUCUUUCAUGAGCAGGGGACUGAAGUAUUGUCUGCAAAUGUUGCAGUUAACAAUGGCCUAUUAAUGUUAACAGUUACUGCAUUAGUGAAUGGGAAUAAGGAUACCAUUAUUGAGAAGAUUAAGAGAGACAUACUGAUUCUAUAGCCUGUAAAUCUAUAUAGACCAUGUUGAAGCUUAAUUUUCUUAUGGGUUUGUUUUUGAAGAAGGGUAGUGAAAUUGGUAUAUUAAAAAAAAGGUCAACAUAUAUAAGUAGCUAGGUAGUUAUAUGAACAGACAUAUUUUGUCAAGGCAACACAUUUUGAAGAGGAUCAAGAUGUUGAAUUUGAUCUUUCUAGGUAUUGAUUUAACGAAUAAAUUAGUGGAGACAGGAUUGUCAUUGCUUCUAUUUCUAUGAUCAUUUCUCCGAUCGACGACAUCUUGAUUAGCAGUUGAAACAAGAGACCAUGUUUUGUUUCUAGGUAGUAAUAUCAGGGAAGUGCAAACUGAAAAGAAGCUAUUAUGUAACAUAUCUAGUUUAUAAAGCUAAUGAAAAUUGAAGCUGCCAAUGUUACUCUUUUCAA